AUGCGCGAGGCAAGAGGCAAGAGGCACGAGGCCGAACUCGGCGCGGCUGUGUGGCUCGCCGGCGGUGGCGGCGGCGGUGGCGGCGGCGGCGGCGGUGGCACGGACAGCGGAGUAAAAGGCGGCGGUGGAGGUGGAAACGGCGGCGGAGGCGGCGGCGGCGGUGGUAGCGGCACCACCACCGACGUCACGAACAACUUGGUUGCUUUCGCUCUCAGCGUCGAUGUUGCCGUUGUCGUUGCCGGUACCGGUACCGGUGCGCAGUUCGCGAUCGCAGUCGGUGCUAGCUGGUUAGAAGGAAAUGGAAUCGCGCCCGUGCAGCGACCGCCGCGGACGACUACGUUAAACGCGAUUCGUCCACGUGGAGCACAGAGCCCGUGGAACCGGUCCGCCGCUCUCGGACGCAGCUACUACGAUUGUGGGGCCCACGGUACCGUCGGGUACGAAGCAGGGGGCCUGCUAGCCGCGACACCCGUAUUUUCCCUAGUGAUGAUGACGAUGACGAUGCUGCUGCACGAGGUGAUUACGUGA